AUGCACCUCUCCCAGCUGCUGGCCUGCGCCCUGCUGCUCACGCUGCUCUCGCUCCGGCCCUCCCAAGCCAAACCCGGGGCGCCACCAAAGGCGCCGCGCACCCCGCCGGGGGAGGAGGUGACCGAGACCCAGGCUUCGGGUGGCGGUCAGAAGAAGGGCGACAAGGCUCCCGGGGGCGCCAACCCCAAGAGUGACCGGUCGAGACUGCUCCGGGACAUGCGCGUGGACACCAAGUCGCGAGCAGCGUGGGCUCGCCUUCAGCACGAGCACCCCAGCGCGCGCAAAUACAAAGGAGGCAACAAGAAGGGCUUGUCCAAGGGCUGCUUCGGCCUGAAGCUGGACCGGAUCGGCUCCAUGAGCGGCCUGGGAUGUUAGUGCAGCGACCCCUGGCGGCGGAUUGGAAACUUGCUCCAUUGUGAUGAGGUCACCUUGGUCAUCAGCUUCCCAGCAUCUGGAAGCACCUCCAACGCAAUGUGGCUUUUACAUUUCUUUUUUUUUUUUCCCUUCCCCUGGUACUGGGAAUACACAACACCAGCUGUUUUAUGAUUAUUUUGGAGGGGCUGUGAUUUUAUUGUUUGUUUGUUUUUUUUAAACGAAAAAUAAAAAGUUAUAUAU